GUACUAGCCAAUCAGAGGCAAAGAACGCCUUCAUGUGCCAACGAUCACGCCCCCCAAUAAGGGAAACAUCUAGGAGUCAUUCCUGUUUGGGGAGUUUCGGCUGCGUUGUUACUGUAUGCGCGACAACCACCUAAUAUUUCUACGAGACACACACAUUAAAUGUAACAGACCUGUUAGAGCAGCUUUGUUCCAGUGUCCGAAAGACAUGUUUCCAAGUGACUUUGCGUGGGGAGCGGCAACUGCUGCGUAUCAAAUAGAAGGUGGCUGGCAGACAGACGGCAAGGGACCAAGUAUCUGGGACACGUUUUGUCACGAGAAAGGCAGAGUGUUUGGGGAGCAGAAUGGAGAUGUAGCCUGUAACAGCUAUGAGCUGUGGGAGAAGGACCUAGAGUGUAUCCAGCAGCUCGGACUGACGCACUAUCGCCUGUCUCUCUCCUGGGCCCGCCUCCUGCCUGAUGGGACCACACGACAUGUCAAUCAAAAAGGUGUACAGUACUACAACAAGGUGAUCGAUGAUUUGCUGGCCUGUGGUGUAUCACCUAUGGUCACACUUUACCACUUUGACCUGCCUCAAGCUCUCCAAGAUCAGGGUGGCUGGAAAUCACCGGGUAUAGCGACCCUGUUUGACAGCUAUGCCAGGUUUUGUUUCCAAACAUUUGGUGACCGUGUCAAACUUUGGCUCACUAUCAACGAGCCCCAUGUGUGCGCCAAACUGGGCCAUGAAGACGGCAUCCAUGCCCCAGGGUUAAAAGAACCGGGGAUUGCUGCCUACCUGGCGGGUCACAACAUGCUGCGUGCCCACGCCAUGGCCUGGCACAGCUACAACUCCUUCUACAGGACAGAGCAGAAGGGCGCAGUGUCUCUGGCCAUUAACAGCAACUGGCUCGAGCCAUUACACGCAGGUUGUGCUGAGGAUAUCGCUGCCACUGAACGCUGUCGUGCAUUUACACUAGGGUGGUUCACCUGGCCUGUGUUUGUAACCGGAGAUUAUCCAGAAAUAAUGAGAUCUGCCAUCGACGCUCAAAGUAAGAAGUUGGGCUACAGUGGCAGCCCAAGACUGCCCAGUUUCUCAAAGGAUGAGCCUGCCGUUUUGGGCACAGCGGACUUCUUUGCAUUGAACUACUAUACGUCUCGUAAAGUUAAGCCAGGAGGAGGUUGUGAAAAGACGCUGUGUAUGAAGAGCGACCGAGAUGCAGAAGAAGUUUUGGAUCCGUCGUGGCCUAUUUGUGGUGUGUCCUGGCUCGCUGUAGUGCCCCAUGGCCUACGGAAUACUCUCAAGUACAUCAAGGACACUUUCAACAACCCAGCAGUCUACAUCACAGAGAAUGGCUUCUCUCAGGUGGGGCAGCUGCAAAUUGAUGAUGUCCAGCGCUCAGAGUUUUACAAGGACACCAUUUUGGAAGUGGCUAAAGCUGUACAAGAAGAUGGGGUCAACGUCCGUGGAUAUUUUGCAUGGUCACUGCUUGACAACUUUGAAUGGGAAGAUGGAUUCAGUGUUCGUUUUGGAUUGUUCCACGUGGACUUCGCAGACGCAAAGCUAGGCCGAACCAUGUACCAGUCUGGACGGCAGUAUGCAAAGAUUGUCUUGAAAUACAGAUGAGGAGACAGAACUUUCUUAUACGUUCGUAAUAAACUUUUUUUUGUCUCACUUUCAUACAAAUUAGAUGAAUCAAGUUCAAUUAACCAACCAGAUGCCUGUUUCCAUCCAUUGCAGAUCCAAAAUCAAAAGCACCACUUAUUUAUGUUCAGUUUAGAAAGUGGUCAGGGAAAAGUCCAACAAGCAGGGUUUUACUUUUUAAUUUGUUGCCUUUGGGGGACAUGGGAGACAAAGGGACUGCUCCAGGGGAGGAGUUAAUGCCCAAACAUUGUCUGCAGUGAUUAAACUAAGGGACCAAGACAAGUGCCAAGACAAAGAAGUAUGAGAGAAUAAAUGCUGUCUGUUUGGUCAUUUAAAUUCGACACAAAACUCCUGUACCACCUCACCCGUCACAUUGGGAAGAACCGUUCAAAAAAAAAAAAGUCAACUCAGUUAUUAUUAUGCCGACAGUCCACUAGACUCAGAAGGGAUGCCAGCUGAAAGCAACAGAUGUCCUGCCACAGGAAGAGAGUGUAAUGCCAUUUGUGUUCCAAUGGCAGCUGUGCAAAUUCUGUCCUUAAAGAAAGAAAAGAACAAACAAGGUGAAAAGCCUUCUGUAGUUAAGGUAGGAUUAUUUUUAUGCAUUGCUGAACAAUACACAGAUCAACAAGACCCGAGAGAGCCAGAUUGCAUUGUAGACUUUGACAUUAGUGUGUAGAGGUGUGUCCAAAAUACAGUGAGAUAUUGUAGAUCAUUUGUAAUGUUUUAGGUUCAAGUUUAAGGAAAUGCCAAUUAAAAUCAACAUGAUCUUUGCUUUUAACUAAUCAGAGAACCAAGAGGAGCAGCUUGAUGGCACCUGUUUGUAAGCCUACAGUGUCACUUUGUGGUAAUCAAGGGAAUUACAGCUUUGAAUUCAACAGCCCAGUGUGUGCUGCAAUUCACAAUAUGGUGUCACGUGCUGUGCUGCUUUGAUUGAUAAAAUGCAUCCUGUUGGUUUAACAAUAAACAACUAAAGCAGCUCCCUAACCACAAUACAUCAUAGAUUUAACGCAAUUAAUAUUUAUGCUCUGAUGUGAAGGAAAAUGUAAUUUAUAUUCUGUGUUGGGAGACUUUGUUUGCAUUAAUAAGCAUGGUGUAUCGUGACAUCCAGUUGGCUGUGCAUACUGUUUUCAACAGAUGUGAGUAAUACCCUUGUGGCCCUCCUCCAUCUAUGUCAAGCCGAGUGAGAUUCUCCUUUGUCUUAUGAUGAAUAACAAGCUAUUGUGGAAAGAUGAAUAAUGCUACUGCCGCUCGCAUUAGAACUUUUUUGCAGGCAGCUUUGAACACAAAGUUGAACGGCACUGCACACUAUUUCAUCGCUAAUGAAGUUAUCUAAUAUCUGUGCCUCUGUCAGGAGCUGCUGGUGAUCUUUAAAUCUCUGCAGAACGAUGGUGACAGAGCAUAAAACACUAAACAUUUACUAAACAGAUGUAACGUGUGACUUGUCAGGUGGUGACACUGGUGGGAACUGAUUAAAAAUCAACUGAUGUGUUAAUAAAAAUUAUGGUAAGAAUGACAA